AAAAUAUUUUUUUAAAUUCUAGUUUGAAUAACAGUGCGAAUUAGUCAUUUUAAUAUAAAUCAUCUCAAUCCAAAUCCAUGAGCGGGGCUGGGAUAAGUUUUAUAUGGUGAAUGGGGUUAAAGUUUAAAUAUGUAAGUAAAUAAGUUGAAAGAAUAUAUUUCAAUGUUCAUGCCCUUUCCUCACAUAUGGUAUCUUUGUUAUGCUUUCAGAUAUUUGCUGAGAAGAAUAUCCGUACACCUGUGGCCUAUUAUUGUUCUGAUUUGAAUGUCUAGUAGAUCAGACGGUUUGAUCACAUGGUGGCUGACCUGACCAGGGAGAUGACUACAUUCAUCAUCUUAUGGACUCCAGGAUCCAGCAUGAUGGGCACAGUGGAUGUUGUCGAACCUCAGAAUGGUAAGUUUAGAAGAUCACUUUUGUAAGAUCUUAAUAAUCGUCAUGCUGUUGUUGUUGUUGUUGUAUUGGAAGGCAGGAGCAUUGGUAAAACAUCUCUAAGCACCUCCUUCAAUUCUUUCAUCAGCCAAUGCCACACUUUAUAAUCUUCUGACCUCGCUGUUUAAGCUCUGUUAACCCCUGUUAGUAAGCAGAGCUGAUUGUGAAGCCACCAAAGAUGCUAAUCAGGAGAAUCUUCAAGCACCACAGAACUUCCCUUUAGCACCAUUUUCUAUCAAGGUUUGGCUAUUGAUCGAUAAAAUGUUUUCACUGGUUGAUGAUAUAUAGAUGCUUGGUAAAUCCUCUUAUCCUUUCGUGCUUGGCAUCAGGACCCUCGUGACUAGGAAACGUCUUCAAUGAACCUAGAGGAGCAAGGGCAUUAAAGAGAAAUAAAUGUCCAUGAGACUUAUGGAUUGCUUAAACAAAUCCAUUUUGGAAACUAGAAGUAAAGGAUUAAGUGAUCAGUUGAUUAAACCAGAAGGUGCCAUCAUACAAGAGUUACCGAGAUAUUUUUAGUCAUCUUACCUGAUAACAACCACGUAUCUUCAUUCUAACGUAAUGUUUUCUCUAUUUCAUAAUCUCCCGGUCCCAUAAUUUGCUAUACACAUAUAGGUUCUUGGGCUUUCUCAGGAAAUUUUCUAAUUUUAUUGGAGAUUCUCUCCAAUAAAUUUAACUUACACCAAGAGCAAGUUCUUGAUUGUAUUUUAUCAGGUUGGUAAGCUGAAGGAUGCAAUGUCCAAUACUUAUUCACAACUCGAGGUCGGCUAUGAGUACCUUCUUCAAGUCUUUUUGAUAUAAUAAGCAAGUCCGAGUAAUCCAUUAAUAGAACCAGUAGUUACUAAUCUCUCCAUACCAAUGCAACACAGUACAUAAAAUGGUAAAAUGGUAUAGUGCGUACAUUUUAUGUAUUGUUUCCUUGAUAUCAAACCGCACAUUUAACUCAGGCAAUGAAAGAGUCGGUGCAAUUUUAUCUCCGGCAUCAUGUUUCUUUACUGGUUCGUCCAAUGCAACAUGUUAGCUUCUUCCAGUUAUACCUACUUCAAGUUCAAAGAGAGCGUAUAGUAUUUUAUUACAUCAUGUCUCGGUUUAUAUAUCUGGUUUAGCCAGCCAAACUUAAUUCGGUUCAUGUUGCAGAGAAGAACCGCUGAGUGAGAGGCAUCACUGCAUGAUCUUGGUUUUGUUUCAUCAGUUUUCAGUUUAGGUUGAAUAAAGUUUCCUCUUAUGAAUACGUGAAGGUAUAUCCUAUGAUUUGUUCCAUUGCGAAUCAAAUCCCUUUCAAGAAAAUUAAUAAUUUAAGUUGAGCUUUAUCUGUUCGAGUGUCCCAUCAAUCAAGUAUUGUUAAUUUUUAAAAGAAAAAGAGAAUGAUGUACAUAUGUAAUUAAAAUUGAAUUAGCGGUUAUAAAAAUAAGUAAAUAAAAAUAAAAAUAGCAUUGCUUGAUAAAGAGAAAACAACAAUUAUGCGAAUGUGACACCUCUCUCGUCUCAGGUUUGGAAUACAAAUCUCUUACACGUCAACGAUUUUGCUAGAUUUGAUUCCAUUCCUUUCUCCAUCGAAUUCCCACCUACCUUUUUUCCCUAGAAUAUGUGUCAACAUAGCUUAUUUUCCAAGAAAUAUUCAUUUUUAACUAUUUCCUUAAGAUCUUUGGACUAACACGAAACUAUAUAUGAAAUGACUAUAACCAUAAAGUUUAAGAGGAUGAAAAGGUAGAAUAUCAUCUCAUAAUUAUAAGAAUCCUUUUUGACAACUGGUGAUUGUAUUCAUAGUUACUUUUUAAGGAUGUAAUCAUAGUUGUUUGAACUAAAGCCUAUUCUAAGAGGUGAAUUCAUUGAUAUGGAAAUUAAUCUCGAAGGACUGUACACAGAUUGCGAAUGACUCAAAAAUUUCAAGCACAACAGUUUUCAUUUCUCUCACAGCCAUUUCUAAUUAACAUUCACUGUCUUUUUAAUUGAAGAACUGUUUUUUUUUGUAACUGAAAUUAAUUGAAGAAUGUUAUUUAUAAGAGAUGUAUUCUUUUAUAAAAUAAAUGUUAUGAUUUAAGUGCAAUUUUAUAGAUACUUCUAUUUUCUUCUAAUUAAAUUCGUAAAAUAUUUAAUAUUAGUAUAUAAUUUUAAUUAUUAAACUGAAUAAUUCUUUUUCUUUAAAAUGCUCCUACAUGUCUUAAAUAAAAUAUAGAUAGGAUUUUGUUACCGAAGCUUUAUUCAAGUUAUAUUAGUGGUCUAAUAUUCAUACCUAGUGUUCAGAAUGAGCAAAAAAAUGUAGAGGCAAAGAAGGUCAUCCAAAUUAUAUUUUAGGUUUUUAUAUAAUUUGACAAAGAAAAAAGAGGCAAUAAAGUCAUCAUAUCUUCAGAUUUCAGAUUUUUAAGACAAGCAUUUGAGUUUUCUUUACAUCAACCAAAAAUAAAGAUUAUAUUUAUAAUCUGAUCAAGUUCUUCGAAAAUGUUGGACCAGCCUUGCAAAUAGUUGAAGUUUCACUUAUAUUGACGAGAUUCGGGACUACUUUUUUUAUGUUGACCAUUGUAGACACUUUAUCUCAAGCACAGAAAGCAAAAACUGGUUUCUACUCGUAGUUUAUGUGGUUAGACAAAUUUCCGAAAGCGUAUACAUAUUACAGAUCACUACUGUAAAAUUAAACAUCUAUCAUGAAGAAAAUAUCAUUUGGGAAUAUAAUCAUAUAUGAUACGCAAGGAUCUACACACCCACUUGGACACGUGUUACUUGUCCAAUCUCUGACAUGAUUCACGUUCCCGGGAUAUUUCUUUGAGGCCAUUUUCGUAAUUAACGGAGAGAUGUCCUGAGCUGGCGUGUGGGGACUACGUACCUUACUUACCUCAAGCCAAUGGGUAGCCCUUAAGAUUAUAAUAAAAUUAUCUGGUUUUAUGCGAUCAAGAUCACGUCGGAUUAGGGUUAGGACAGGAGUUGGAUCCAUUAAUAUGAGAUAUCCUCAUAUCCAUAACCAGCACAAAGUGUUUCUUUUUCACAAUGAAGGUACUUUGAUAAGUAAAAACUAAUCCAGAAGAUAGGUUCUCGAGAUCUGAAUAAAAUGUUUAUACAUGUCAGAAGAUAAGUAUGUUCAAGGAGAAAUGUCAAGAUUUUAAGAUUUUCAAAUCAUAUCAUGUUGAGUUAAAAUGCGUAAAUCCAGUGUUUUUAAAACCGGACCACAUACCGGCUAACGAACCAAAAUUUUUAUGAGUCAUUGUGGUUCGAUCGGGUCUUAAUCGGGUUCGAUCGGGCUUACUUAGACUAAACUAAAUUUUAAUGAUAUUUUAUAAAUAAUAUGCAUAUUUUUUUAAAAAAUAGAUCAUAUCAAAUCAAAUGUUUAAAUGGCCAUAAUGUAUAGAAAAACUUAAAAAUACCAAUUAAAAUCUAAAAUCAAUAUGAAAAGCACAUGUAAUCUUUAUUCACAGAUCUUAUCACUCUAAAUCUUCAUCACCGUUAAAAAAUUAUAUACAGAUUAGGUAAAAUUUAUAUUUUGAAAUACAAAUUUCAGAAACGAAAAUGUUUUAAUUAUUUAAAGUCUUCAAAACAAGUGAUCAUGAAGUAAAUUUUUUUUUAAAGUGAGAAGUAGACAAAACAAUAUCUUAACGUGAAUAUUAAACUUUGUGAAUCUUGUAAUUUAAGAGUUAUAGAGACGACAAAAAAAAGACAAGAGAUGAUAUUUUAUUAAUCUUUGAUAAAUCUUAUUUUUACUUUAAAAAAAAAGAAAAAUGAAUUGUUUCAUUAAAAAAAAAUUGGCUUAUAUGCGAACCGGGGUUUGACCGGUUCACUGGGUCGCCGAUUUCUGGGUUUUUGACGGUUCAAUAGAGAUUUUCAAUUGGUUUGAUUUUAGUUGGGUUUUAACAUUAACCCAACCCGAAUUAUUUCCGGUUCAUGUUCAACCCGGUCAAAAAAACACUGCGUAAAUCUGUUUUCUUCAUGAUAUUCCAAGUGAUUCAUAUGUCCAUCUAUCUCUUCAUACAAUAUUACUCUAACGAAACAUCUACAUGUUUCCGUAUGUUUAAUCUCAUCUAGCACUAUCUAAAAAGUGAUAAUAAGUUUAUGUUUUUUAUUUACCAAACGGCUAUUUUCAUUAUUUAAAUAAAAUAAAAAUAAUCUAGGUAGUCAAAUCGGAAUAUAAAGAAUUUUAAAUAUCAUGUUUCAUCUGAAUCACUAAUCUAAACCAAACCUUAAAAAAUUCUCACUUGUACACUUGUUCAUAAAGUAAUGGUAUUAUUGUUCGGACUGAAAAAGUAUUGGAUGCUGUAUCAUACGUAUCUUAGAAUGUUACACUGGUACCAUUGUAGGACCUGAUUACGAUGAACCUUAGCCGUUCCUCUGACUCGGACUUAACAUAACAGAGAUACACGUGUCAAGUACACUUUACGAAGACACGUGUCCACUUCCCCUCCCCACCUUUACGGUGAGGACGACACGUAAGUAGCCAGUGAAUAAUAAAAAAAAAAGGCAUUGUUUACAAAGGAGCAAUAAUAAUAGGGCAAAUAAAGGAAGGGGACAACGAGAUUAAAAACAAUAAUUUAAAGGAAAAAUAAAAACUCUGAAGCCGUACUAAAACGUGUCAAUGUGAGGGAUCAUCUGAUCUCCACUUGGCCCUUUUUCUCUCUGCUCUUCUCAUACAUUGGCUAUUCUCGUCAUUUUCUUUUCUUCUACAUGCCCAUACAAUUUAUUUAUUCAGUUUAUUUAAAUAAAUAAUGUGUAAAUGGUAGCUUAUUAUAUUUUUCUUACAUACUCAAAUUGGGUAUUACAGUUCCUACUUUUGUUUGAUACAAAUUUAAGCAGAAAAUAGAAAAAAUAAUUAGGGGGGGAAUGGUAGACUAAUCUAAAUGGAAGUGAAUAUUCGGUGUUGCUCUUGUACUGAGAACUUCAAGUUCUCUAGUCCUGUCUCAUCCAUUGAAUGUAUUUUCUGGUCUCCCCAAGAAAGUAACUAACAGGAAAUAAAACAUUCGUGAAUUUCUUUUCUAGGGAAAGAAAUCAAAGAGAAAGAUUGUAAACUUUAUUUUCUGAGAUAUUGGAUAUGGGUGGGAUCAAAAUCUAAUCUUAUUUAACUCGGAUCACUGUUACAUCAUCUCUCAGUACAGUGUUCUCUUCUUCAUGUCUGAAGCAAACGAGAGAACUAGAGAAAUGAGUAGAAGUAUGUUCCCAAGAGAUCUGCUUCAGAGAUUUCCCCCUAUCUCAGCUAAAGUUGUAGAUGGUGAAGAAGAAGAAGAUGAGGAGAUUGAGUUGGAUCUUAGUUUAUCUCUUGGCGGGAGGUUCGGAGUUGACAAAAGCAAGCUCGCGAGAUCUUCCUCUGUCGUGGGCCCCACGAUGCCUUUUUUCCGGGAGAAUCAUCAGCCAGAGACAGAGAUGAGGCCUGUCGAGACAUCCGUGGCGGGACAUAUGGCUUUGACGAGAGCGACGUCGUUGCCGGUGGAGACGGAGGAAGAGUGGCGGAGGAGGAAGGAGAUGGAGAGUUUAAGGAGAAUGGAGGCCAAGAGAAGGAGAAGCGAGAAGCUUCGUGCCAGAGGCAGCGGCGGAGGGAACAUCAUCAAACCACCCGAAGCUAAUAAUGAUAGUGUUAUGGGAGAAGGUUCCACCCCUACGAGGCGGCGAGGUAGGCCGCGGUUGGUACUGCCACGGUGGUCAGGGACGGCUAACGAAGGUGGACUUUUACGACAACACAGUGCUGGUCAUGUUUCGCUGCAAGUCUCUCGUGGAAGUUCUUCAAGUGUUUCCGAGAUGGAAACCAAAUCUCAUCAAGCAUCUAGCGAAGAAGCAAGAAGCUUACCGUCGCCACAGCAACAACAUCAACAGGAAGCAAUGGCAAUGCCAGAUAAUGGGCUAAGAAGAUUGAGUUCAGUGGACAUGAGGAUAGAGCCACCACCACUAGGGAACGGGAAAAAUGUGAUGCCAUGUGUGUUCACCAGGGGAGAUGGACCUAACGGGAAGAGAGUUGAUGGGAUUCUUUAUCGAUACGGUAAUGGUGAAGAAGUGAAGAUCAUGUGUGCCUGCCAUUGUGAUAUCUUGUCUCCUGCUGACUUCGUUAAACAUGCUGGUGGUCCUCAUGUUGAUCAUCCUCUUAGGCAUAUUAUUGUCGACACUUCUUCUCUUUCUAAUCUCUUUUAGAAACCCCCUCUCUUCAUUUGAUCCCCUUUAUUUUUAAGGCCAGAUUUUAGAGAAGAAGAUGCUCAAGAGUUUUAGUUCAGACAACAUAUAUAUGCUGUCUGAUUCUGGUAUUUUUUUCAAUUUUAUAUUUGUAUUUUUACUUUAUACAGAGAAGCAGAAACAAAACAUUGUUAUCAGUUUUAACUUUUAAGAGAGUAACAUUAAUGAUG